CUCUUCUCUUUUCAACAGCUAGUGCAUUCUCUUCCAAGACUCAUUUCUCUUGCAAGCAACACAAGAAGCUCUUAGAAGAAUUUGGUUCUCAUUGUGGGAGAAAUCUUGUGAUCAGUGCAAUCAAGGGAAAUCCAUAUCAAUGGGGUGUGUCAACUUUAAGGCCAAAAAUGGACGACUUCCCGGGCCGCGGAAUCCAGUCACCCUUUCAGCAGAUACAGUUUUCUCUAUCAAUGAUGUUGAAGCAUUAACAGAGCUUUUUAAGAAAAUCAGUAGUUCAAUCGAAGCUGAUGGAAAAAUAAGCCAGGAAGAAUUCAAAUUAGCGAUGUUCAACAAUAGUCAACAACAAAAUUUAUUUGCAGAUCGGAUCUUUACUCUAUUUGAUGUGAAGCAGAAAGGAAAGAUUUAUUUUGCUGAUUUCGUCAAAGCACUCCAUGUCUUCCACCCAGAUACACCAAUAGAGGAGAAGAUAGAUUAUUCAUUUAAGAUCUAUGACUUGAAUGGUGAUGGAGUUAUAGGGCGUCAAGAGGUCAGGGAAAUGCUUGUUGCAAUUCUUGGCGAGUUUCAUCAUGAACCAACAGAUGAGGAAUUAGAUGGCAUUCUAGACAAGACAUUUUUGGAGGCGGACACCAACAGAGAUGGCAAUAUUGACAUUGAUGAGUGGCGAGUCUAUGUUAAUCGAAAUCCAGGAGUGAUUAAAAUCAUGACUAUACCACAUCUAAGGGAGGUAACAACCAUAUUUCCAGAUUUUGUAUUCAAUUCAACUGUGAAAGAUGAACGACUUAUUCGAUACAUGCAACCUGGAGCCUCAACUUCAACCGCGCAACCUGCUGCUCAACCUGGAGCCUCAACCUCAACCGCGCAGCCUGGAUGCUCGACUUCAACCGCGCAACCUGCUGCUCAACCUGGAUGCUCGACUUCAACCGCGCAGCCUGGAUGCUCGACUUCAACCGCGCAACCUGCUGCUCAACCUGAAUGCUCAACUUCAACCGCGCAGCCUGGAUGCUCGACUUCAACCCCGCAACCUGCUGCUCAACCUGAAUGCUCAACUUCAACUGCGCAACCUGGAUGCUCGACUUCAACCCCGCAACCUGAUGAUCGACCAGAAUGCUCAACAUCAACCGCACAACCUGCUGUUCUACCUGAAUGCUCAACAUCAACCGCGCAACCUGCUUCUCAACCUGAAUGCUCAACUUCAACAGUGCAACCUGAAUGCUCAACCGCACAUGAUGCUCAGCCUGGAUGCUCAACAUCAACCACGCAAACUGAUGCACAGCCUGAAUGCUCAACUUCAACUGCUCAACCUGGAGGUUCAACAUCAGCCGCGCAACCUGAAGCUCAACCUAGACGCUCAAGUUCAACGUCUAGCGAUGAGUUUAAACUCUUUUUUUAAUGAUGAAAAAAUUGUAUAGUAAAAGUUUUUG